UGGGAAAAAUCAACACUUGGGGAAGGCAGUCGUGUGCGAUCACAUUUCAGUAGAUGUUAACUGUUUAUCGAAGUCUAAAGGAAGGUGAACGGUUAGAUUAUGUGUUAUUUUCCUGAUAAGGCGUAGUUAUAAACAACUCAUUUGGGCGUCUUAUCUCACAAUUGUAAUGUCUCUCUUUCUAGUGAACAGAUAUCUUGGAGAGGAGGAAGACUGGAGUGUCUCAAAGGAGUCUCGGUCUCAGGUGUUACUGGCUAAACUGCAGCAGAAGGCAAAAGAGAAGCAGAGACAGAGUUUGACAGAACAGAGGACAGAUCUGUCUGAUGAGCAGACAGUACAGCAGGAUGUUAAAAAGAAAAGAAAAGUUGACCAGAGCAGCAGCCAAGAGCCUCCACACCACAAGAAGUGGAAAUCAGAUGAAGUGCCUUUGUGUGGUUUGGACUCAGAUAAACAUAAUGAACCUGUUGAGGAAUCAACCAAGAAGAAAAAAGGUGCAAAUAAGAAGGAGAAGAAGAGGAAGGAUCAGACAGGCAGUUCAGUUCAAGAUCUUUCAGAUGCUCCUGUCUUUAGAAGAGAUGGACCACAGGAGACAGGAGGAGAAGAAGAGACAGAGAAAGACAAUGACACACAAAAACAAACCUCAGGAAAGACUUCUGCUCCGACAGGAUUCACUGUUUUAGGUGGAUUUGAGAACAAACCAGUCCAAAAGGUACACAGAGUACUGCCUCAGUGGCUCGCUCAGCCCAGUGUGAUUCACAGAGACAUUAAAAGCAACCUGGUCCCCUUCUUUGCCGUCCCAGGGCUCCAUCCUCAGCUUGUCAAAAAUCUACAAAAUAACGGAAUUAAACAAUUCUUUCCAGUUCAAGCCGAGGUUAUUCCAGCCAUCUUGGAGAGCGCACAGCAGGGGCUGCUGAUUGGACGUGGUGGCUACAAGCCGAGAGAUAUCUGUGUGUCUGCACCAACAGGCAGUGGCAAGACCCUUGCUUUUGUCAUACCUGUCAUACACGUGCUGAUGGAGCGGGUGGUGCGUGAAGUCCGGGCUUUGGCUGUGUUGCCAACCAAAGAGCUGGCUCAGCAGGUUUGCAAAGUGUUCACAUCAUACACUGAGGGAACUAGUUUGAAAGUGGUGAUGCUGGCUGGUCAGAAGUCCUUUGCUGCAGAGCAGGCUUCACUGUCAGAACACAGAGGGGGCAUGAGGCGCAGUUUAGCCGACAUUGUUGUGGCCACUCCUGGUCGACUGGUUGAUCACAUCAACAAGAAUUCAGGCUUGUGCCUAGAACACCUCAGGUUUCUUAUCAUUGAUGAGGCUGACAGGAUGAUAGACAGCAUGCAUCAGUCUUGGCUUAGCCAGGUGGUGAAGGCGGUGUACAGGUCAGGAAGCGGACCUGAUGCCGUGUCCAUCUUCAGGAGGACUGAGCCAGCAUAUGUCACAGCAGCCAGUCUGUCUCCACCUCAGAUGCCGGUGCAGAAGCUGCUGUUUUCUGCAACACUCACACAAAACCCAGAGAAGCUGCAGCAGCUGGGCCUCCACCAGCCCAGGCUAUUCAGCUCCAUCCCCAGUCACUUCAGCACCACACAACCAACCACCACCCAGAAUCAAGACCACUUCAACUUCCCCCAGGGUCUGACGGAGUACUAUGUUCCCUGUACAUUAAACAAAAAGCCCCUCCUCAUCCUCCACUUCAUCCUGCGUAUGAAGCUCAGCCCCAUCCUCUGUUUCACCAACUCCAAAGAGACUUCACACAGACUUUUCCUGCUGGUGCAGCUCUUUGGUGGAGUACAUGCUGCUGAGUUCUCCUCCCGACUCUCUCCUGGUGAGAGGAAAAAGACGCUGAAGGAAUUUGAACAAGGAAAGAUCCAACUGUUGAUCAGCACAGACGCAGCUGCCAGGGGAAUCGACAUCAAUGGGGUCAAAUGUGUGGUGAAUUAUGAUGCACCACAGUACAUCAGGACAUACAUUCACAGGAUUGGAAGGACAGCAAGAGCAGGAAAAGCAGGGCUGGCCUUUACCUUUCUGCUCAGAGUACAGGAGAAGAACUUCCUUCAGAUGGUGGUAGAGGCAGGAAGCCCCGGGAUUCAAAAGCAGAUUGUCAAACCUGAGAACCUGAAGUGCAUGGAAGUCCGAUAUGAACAAACACUGCAGGAGCUGGCCAAUGUUAUCAAGGGUGAGAAUGCAAAAUAAUGGAACGACAUUGACGUUUUCCUCUGAACAGACAUCUGUGCCUUAUAACCAUCAAUCACACUCGCUACUAGGGGCAAUUUAGAGUCCAGAACCCAGCCUGGCAACCCCGCCGAAAAUCUUCCAGAUCUGCCCCUGCCUAAAGCUCAAGAUGAUGCCUUCAAAUAUGCUGUGUUGCCAACACGCUAAACUGCAAAAUUCAAUGUACCAUGAUAUACAGAACAAAUAAAAGCAGCGAGCCCUCACAUGUAAGCCACAGAA